AUGGCGUCCCUCUUCAGCAGCUCUACUCCUGUCCGACCUCUUGUUCUACACUCAUCUUCCACCCGCGUUUCAGUCCUCGUACCAGCUUCCCCUCUCUCAGCUUGGGUAACUUCCGAGGUUCUCGCUCAACAAUUCCACGAUUCAAGAUCUGGUAAAGAUGAUGAUCCCGCACCGGUGGUAGACGACGAGGAAGAUACGCCUAAACAAGUCUCAGUAGAACCUCAAGUGAAACUCCUUGCUAGAUUCCUCUCAUUCGCUGCUGAUAAAGUCAACGCGGACCAAGGUUCAUCAGAACUCGCCCAAGUCCUUUCAGCAGCAUACGAUAGAUUCAACGAUCUCUUCUUACCAUCAGUAAACGUACACUCCCUCGUCCAAACGUUCGAACCAGAAUCUCGAGCAGAAGUGUUAAAAGCUUACUUCAAAGCGUUUUCAACAGCACGAGAAGCUCUUGGUGAUAAAGUAAAGGUUGCCCACCCUUCUGCUCUAUUCGAGGCAGCCAAGGACGGCUCCGCAGAGCUCUACGCUCUUUUCGGUGGUCAAGGUGUAAACGAGCACUACUUUGGCGAGCUUCAAUUGCUUUACGAUACUUACACCCCCUUUGUCAAACCACUUUUAACCCAAAUAACAUCUCUUCUUCUUGACCUCGGUGAGAAAGCCGAUGCCGAUGGUUUCGCCUACUACUCUCACGGUUUAGACCUCGUAUCAUGGCUUGAUGGAUCAUCACCUCGACCUACAGUAGAAUACCUCGCUUCCAUCCCCCUCUCUCUCCCCCUUAUCGGUGUCGCACAACUCGCUCAAUAUGUCGUGUCGUGUCGGGUGGCCGAUCUCACUCCAGGAGAAUUGCGCAGCAAAUUCAAGGGUGCUACUGGUCACUCUCAAGGUGUAAUCUCAGCCGUCGCUAUUGCGUCUUCCAGCUCAUGGCAAUCACUCAACGAGAACAUUCUCAAAGCCAUCAAACACCUCUUUUAUAUCGGUUUACGUGGUCAAGAAGCUUUCCCUUUGCUCUCUCUUGAACCUCAAAUCGUCGCAGACUCAGUCGCCAACAAUGAAGGUGUCCCUACUCCUAUGCUUACCAUUGGUGGAUUAUCCUUAAAACCUCUUGAAGGUCACAUCAAAAAGGUCAAUGCCCACCUUCCAUCCAACUCACAAAUCGGCAUUUCCCUUUACAACGGUCCUACCUCUUUUGUCGCUACUGGCCCUGCCAAGGCUUUGUACGGUCUUGCCACUGCUUUACGAAAAGUCAUGGCUCCGGCUGGUCUUGAUCAAAGCAAAAUCCCCUUUUCCAAACGGAAGGCGGUAUUCACCACUCGAUUCCUACCAGUCAACGUGCCAUACCACAGCACAUACCUUCAGGGUGCUACUGAGAAGCUCUCGCAGCAAGACCUGAGUGGAGAAGAAUUUUGGAGUCCUGCGGAUUUGGCUAUUGCUGUCUAUCAUACGGAAGAUGGUACUGAUCUACGAAACCUCGAGACUUCCCUCACCGACUCGCUUUCUGACCAGAUCUUCACCAAGCACAUUCACUGGUCUAAAGCAAUUAACUUCCCUUCCACUGCUACUCACGCUAUAGACUUUGGACCUGGUGGAAACUCAGGUAUUGGUCCUUUGACCGGUCGAGCUACUGAAGGUCGGGGUGUGAGAAUUGUGGUAGUGGGAGAAAAAGGUCGAGCUGCUGCCGAGUUGUACGAUGCAAACAACGUCAAGAGAGAGCCUAUCUGGGCCAAAGAGUGGUCUCCAAAGCUCGUCAAGACUCUUGACGGCAAAAUCCACAUCGACACCCCAUUCUCACAACUCCUAGGUAAACCCCCUAUCAUGGUCGCCGGUAUGACACCAUGUACUGUUGGAGCUUCCCUCGUUUCUGCCACUCUCAAUGCUGGCUUCCACAUCGAGCUUGCUGGUGGUGGACACUACAACCCUGCCGCUUUACGAUCUAAAGUCGCGGAAAUACAACGACAAACUCAGCCCGGUGUCGGUAUCACCCUCAACGCGUUAUAUAUCAACCAACGUCAAUUCUCAUUCCAAUUCCCCCUGUGGCAAGAGAUGCGACGAGAAGGUCUUCCUAUUGAGGGCUUCUGUGUCGCGGCUGGUAUUCCUUCUUCGGAGAAAGCUACCGAGAUUAUCACCGCUCUCAAAUCCGCUGGUAUCAAACACAUCUCCUUCAAGCCUGGAUCUGUUGAAGGUUUAAGACAAGUUGUCAAUAUCGCCGCGGCCAAUCCUGACUACCCCAUCAUCUUGCAAUGGACUGGUGGUCGAGCAGGGGGUCACCACUCUUGCGAGGAUUUCCAUCAACCCAUCAUCGCUACUUACGCGUCAAUCAGACAAAACCCCAACAUCUCUCUUAUCGCUGGAUCUGGUUUCGGUGGUGCAGAUGACGUAUGGCCUUACAUCUCUGGUGAAUGGUCCGUUAAAAUGUUCAACCUCCAACCCAUGCCUUUCGACGGUGUACUCUACGCAUCUCGAGUCAUGGUUGCGAAAGAAGCCGACACCAGUGCUUCUGUCAAGCAACUCAUCGUUGACGCUCCUGGUGUGGACGAUGCUCAAUGGGAGGGUACAUAUGACAAACCAACCGGUGGUAUCCUUACUGUCCGAUCCGAGCUCGGUGAGCCCAUCCACAAGAUCGCCACUCGAGGUGUUAAACUUUGGAGAGAGUUCGACGACACCGUCUUCGCUCAACCCCGAGAGAAGCGUGCCGCUUGGCUUGAUAACAAGAAAGAUUAUGUCAUUGAUCGACUCAACAAGGAUUUCAACAAACCUUGGUUCGGUCAAAAAGCUGACGGUACCGUUGUCUCCGAUCUUGGCAAGAUGACCUACGAGGAGAUCACCCAACGAAUGAUCCGACUCAUGUACGUCUCCAAGCAAGAUCGAUGGAUCGAUGUCUCCCUUCGAAACUUGGUUGGUGACUGGCUUCGAAGAGUCGAAGAGCGAUUUGCCGGUGUUGAUGGUAUCAGAACUAAAGAAUCACUCGUUCAAUCAUUCACUUCCCUUGAUAAGCCCAAUGCUACCGUCGAGAGCUUCUUCAGAUCCUACCCCCGAGCCAAAACCCAACUCGUCGCUGCCGAAGACAAGGCCUACUUCCUUGCAAUUUGUCAACGACCUAGUCAGAAACCUGUACCAUUCAUCCCUAUCCUUGAUAACAGCUUUGAGGUCUGGUUCAAGAAGGACUCUCUUUGGGCUUCAGAAGAUAUCGACGCAGUAUUCGAUCAAGAUCCUCAACGAGUCUGUAUCCUUCAAGGUCCCAUGGCGGUGAAACACUCUACCGUUGCCGAUGAACCCAUCAAGGAUAUUUUGGGUAACAUUGAAGGUCUCCUCGCCAAGAAGAUUCUCGAGCAAUAUUACGGUGGUGACGAGUCUAGAGUUCCCGAGAUCGAUUACAUCGGUGCCAAAGCUGGUAAACCUAAAUCUGGGCUUGUCGCUGAGUCUUCCUCUGAAGAUGUCCGAACGCUUAAAGUUGGCAAAUCCGUACCUUCCGUCGACGACUGGAUUGAAGUUGUCGCUGGCUCUGAAGUAUCGUGGCUUCGUGCUGCUUUGACUUCAGUCAAUGUGGUCCAAGGCGCUGGUUACAUCAGCAACCCCUUCCGACGAGUGUUCACCCCUCGCCCUAAUCAAACCGUCGAAAUCAAAUCUUCCAACGGCAAGGUAUCAUCAGUCACACUAUACGGGUCUGCUAGGUCUUUCGGUCCUCACCCUGCUGAUUUCAAAGCUGUUGAAUUAUCUUUCAAUUCCUCCACCAAUGACAUUACUCUUGUGUUGAACGAAGAACGACGAGGCGUCACUGUUCCUCUUCACUUUGCCUUCAAGUACAAGCCUGAGAUGGGUUACGCCCCUAUUCAUGAAACUGUAGAUGGCCGAAACAAGAAGAUCAAGGACUUUUAUUGGAAACUUUGGUUCGGUGAUAACGAGACUCUCCCUCAGCUGGCUCUUGACACUACUUUCACCGGUGACGAAGUUGUCGUCGAUGCCCAAGCUGUUCAACGAUUCUGUGACGUUGUCGGCAACCAAAGCGAGGCUUUCAAAUCCGCUCGAAACGACAAAAUCUCCGCUCCUAUGGACUUUGCUAUUGUUCUCGGCUGGCAGCUCGUUCACCUGUCCAAUGGCUUCCGAAUGGUCGAAGGUGUCGCCCCUGUAAAAGCUGGUGAUGCUUGUUCCGCUGAAGCCCGAGUUGUUUCCGUCUCCAAUAGCGACAGUGGUAAGACUGUCAAAGUUAAAGGUUACGUCCUUCGACAAGGUGAACCAGUCAUCGAAGUUACCUCUUCAUUCCUCUAUCGAGGUAAAUUCACCGACUACCAAAACACCUUUGAGACCAUCGACGAGUCUGAUUAUGUUGUCGAGUUGACCAAGCCCACUUCCGUGGGUAUUCUCCAAGCCAAACCUUGGUUUGAAUGGGACGACGAUUCAGUCUCCCUUGAAGUCGGUACGACGCUCACCUUCAAAACCAGAUCUGAGCUCCGAUACAGAGACAAAACGUCCUUUUCCGCCGUUAAGAUUUCAGGUGCCGCAUUUAUCCGAAGCAGCACCAAAGCUCUUGUUCAAGUGGCCACCAUUGAUUAUGAAGCCCACAACCUCCACGGUAACCCAGUCGUCGAAUAUCUCAAACGACACGGUCAAGCUGUUGGCCUGCCCACUCCUCUCGAGAAUGGCUACUCUCUCAUCGAAGAUCCCGAAUCUGCCAUCUUCACCACUCCCGCAACGAACGAGCCUUACUCGAAGAUCUCCGGUGACUUCAACCCCAUCCAUGUCAACCCCUACUUCUCCGACCUUGCUUCUCUCCCCGGUACCAUCACACAUGGUAUGUGGUCAAGUGCUGCUGCUCGAAAAUACCUCGAGUCCGUUGUCGCGGAUAACCAUCCUGAGCGAGUCGUCUCAUAUGAAGUUGGAUUCGUUGGUAUGGUCCUCCCUGGUGAUCAAAUCCAAGUCAAACUCACUCAUGUCGCUAUGCGAGAUGGUAAAAAAGUGGUCAAAGUGGAAGCAUUCAAUCAACGAGGUGAAAAGGUUAUUGACGGUACAUCCGAAGUUCUUCAACCACCCACCGCCUACGUCUUCACUGGUCAAGGUUCUCAAGAAGUCGGUAUGGGCAUGGAAUUAUACAACAACUCUCCUGUCGCUCGAGCUGUUUGGGAUGCCGCCGAUGCUCAUUUAGGAUCAACAUAUGGAUUCUCCAUCGUCGACAUUGUUAAAAACAACCCUAAAGAGCUCACUAUCCACUUUGGUGGUAUCAAGGGUCAAGCUAUCCGACAACGAUACAUGGAUCUAACCUACGACACUAUCGAUGACAAUGGUCAGGUCAAGACGCGUCCUCUGUUUGGUGAUAUCGAUCUCUACACCACCAGCUACACCUUCUCCCACCCUCAAGGUUUGCUCUUUGCCACUCAAUAUACUCAAAUCGCCUUGGUUGUUACUGAGAAAGCCGCUUUCGACGACAUGAAAGCUCAUGGACUUAUCGACACCAACGCCGCCUUUGCUGGUCACUCUUUAGGUGAAUACUCUGCUCUUGCUGCAAUCGCCGACGUCCUUCCUAUCUCGGCCCUCGCCGAUGUCGUCUUCUUCCGAGGUAUCACUAUGCAAAGAGCCGUUCAACGUGACGCCGAAGGUAAAUCGCAAUACGCCAUGAUGGCUGCCAACCCUUCAAGAGUUGGAAAGACAUUCAACGAAAUGGCUCUGAGAGAGAUUGUCGAUACUAUCAGCAAGCAAAAGGAUAUCUUGCUUCAAAUAGUCAACUUGAACGUUGCCAACCAGCAAUACGUAUGUGCAGGUGAACUUAAAGCUUUGGCUACUUUGACCAAUGUCCUCAACAUGCUCAAGGUACAAAAGCUUGAUCUCGAGAAGUUGUCCACUAUGAUUUCCGAAGAAGAACUCAGAGAGAAACUCGCCGAGAUCAUUGAAGGAUGUUGGGAUAUGAUGAUCGAGAAGGAGAAGAAGGACGGUCAAGUGAUCCUUGACAGGGGUUUCGCUACCAUCCCCUUACCCGGUAUCGAUGUACCUUUCCACUCUCGAUACCUCUGGCCAGGAGUUUUAUCCUUCCGAAACUACUUGGUGAAGAAGAUUGAUCCUUCCCAACUCAACCCUGAUAAGUUGGUCGGCAAGUAUAUUCCUAACUUAAUCGCCGAGACGUUCGAGGUCACCAAGAGUUACGUGCAGAAGAUCUUUGAUCAAACUGCUUCCCCUCGGAUGGAAGCUAUCCUCAAGAACUGGGAGAAGGAGUCUUGGGAUUCCGCUGCGCAAAGGCAGAAACUCGCUUACAACAUUUUGACCGAGUGUCUUGCUUACCAAUUCGCAUCUCCUGUACGAUGGAUCGAAACACAGGAUAUCCUCUUCACCGUUGCCAAAUUCGAACGAUUCAUCGAAGUUGGGCCUAGUCCCGUACUUUCCGGAAUGGCCAGUCGAACACUCAAGGCUAAAUACGAAGCUCAAGACGGUGCGAUCUCACUUCAACGACAAAUCUUGUGUCACGCCAAGAACCAAAAGGAGGUAUAUUACGCUUUCGAAGACGAGGCCGCUGAAGAAGCUCCGGCUGCUGCUUCCACUUCUGCUCCGGCUGCUCCUGCCGCCGCCGCCGCCGCCCCCGUUGCCGUUGCCGCUCCUGUCGCUGCUGCUGGUCCCGCUGCUGCCGCUGUCGACGAUGUCCCCCCCAAAGCCGUUGACACCGUUCGAGUCAUCGUUGCACAAAAACUCAAGAAGCAAGCCUCUGAAGUUCCUCUUAGCAAGUCACUUAAAGAACUUUCCGGUGGUAAAUCAACUCUUCAAAACGAAAUUCUCGGUGACUUGCAAGUUGAAUUCGCCUCUGCCCCUGAGAAGGGUGAAGAUCUACCUUUGGAUGAGCUUGGUGCUGCCUUGAGCGUUGGCUACUCUGCUUUAGGUAAACAUGCCAUGGCAUUGACGAACCGAAUGGUAGCUGCUAAAUUCCCUGGUGGUUUCAAUAUCUCUGCUGCUCGAGGACACUUGAAUAAACAAUGGGGUUUGGGUCCCUUAAGAACUGACUCGGCAUUAUUCUUCGGUAUCCUCAACGAACCUGCAAAACGAUUAGGGUCUGAAGGUGAAGCCAAACAAUUCCUCGACACCCUCGCUCAAAGUUACGCUUCAUACAGUGGUAUUUCACUGUCAUCCGGAGCCGCUGCUGGUGGCGGUGGCGGUGGCGCUGGUGGUGGAGCAGUGAUGAACUCCGAAGAAUUCGAUGCAUUCGUUCUUAAACAAGAGGAACAUGCUCAAAGGGAGAUGGAGUUGUUAUCGAGAUAUUUGGGUAAAGAUCAACGUGCAGGUGAAAAGAAGGCGGACGAAGCAAAGGCCUCUAUUGAAGAGCUCCAAGCUAAACUCGACGCCAUCAAACUUGAACAUGGAGAUGCUUAUCUUGAUGGUAUCUCACCUGUUUUCUCAGCACUUAAAGCCAGAACAUUUGAUUCAUCGUGGAAUUGGGUCAGACAAUCUUCAAUACAAUUGUUCUAUGAUAUCAUUCACGGUGAAUUAGAUCCUUCAACUGUGUUCCAGGAUGGAUAUCGACCUUCUUCGUAG